AAGGGACAAUUGGUAGGCGGGAUAAACCAUUCUUGUGAUCCAAAUUGUCGUGUAGAACAGUGGGUUGUAGCUGGGUACGCCCGUCUAAUGGUUUUCGCGGAGGGGGAUAUCUCUGCAACGGAAGAGCUUACAAUCGAUUACCACACGGUUAUGCCCAAGAACACACCCGCAAAAGGCAGAGACGACAAGGACGGCAAUAUAGUAGAUUGUUUGUGCGGUUCGGAAAUUUGUCGC